AGCUGUCGAGCAGGUCAGAGAGGCUAGGUGGUCUGUCUGGAUCUCCUCUGGUUGGAUCUCCUGUCCUGAUGAUGGACUCUUUCCUGGUUCUGCUCUCUCUGCUCUCUCAGUGCACAGCUCAGUGGUGCUACCAGACUCAGUACUCCUGUGACGACACCUGCAGAGACCCCAGUCGCUGGCCAGCCCAGUUUCCAAGAUGCGGAGGAUUACGCCAGUCACCGAUCAACAUUGCAACCAGCAAAGUGCACGUCAACAGUGCACUGCUACCCUUCAACUUCAUUGGUCACACCAGCAGGAUCAACAUUACAGCGGAAAACAAAGGACACUCUGCUCACUUUUCUCUGCCGCAGUCGGUCCAACUAACCGGAGGAGCUCUGGCGGGUCGCUAUCGGGCCGCUCAGUUCCACUUCCACUGGGGAGGAGAUGGCAAACCAGGAUCAGAGCACACGAUCGAUGGAGAGCGAUUCCCCAUGGAGAUGCACAUCGUUCACUUUAAGGAGCCAUAUGGUUCCCUUGCGGAGGCGGAACACGAUAUGGCAGGAAUUGCUCUGCUGGCCUUCCUGUUCGAGGAAACUACAGAUGACCAUCCUCACAUGGAUGCAGUAAUAUCUGCUUUGGGCCAUGUACAAAAUAACGGUAGCACCACCGUGAUCCCAAAUUUCCGCCUCAGUGACCUUAUCCCACCUGCGAAGGACCUCCAUGGUUACUAUCGCUAUGUGGGCUCCAUGACAACACCGGGAUGUGAACAGGCAGUGGCCUGGACGGUGUUCCACAAGACGCUGCCCAUCAGUAGCCGUCAGUUGGUGGCAAUAACUCAACAGUGCCGAUUUUGGACGGGACAACCCAUGACGGACAUCUUCCGGCCUACGCAGCCUUUGGAUGGCAGAGUUGUGUACCGGUCCGAGGCGGGUGCAGUUGUGUCGACUCUGAUCCACUUCUUGUUUGGCAUUUUGUCAUCACUCAGGACAGUGAAUCUGAUAUAGUGACUUGACAUGGGUGAACAAAA